UCCCUAGUUCCUUUUCUUUUCGAAUUUCUCGUGGAAAACGCCAACAUGGGUUUCGCUACUCUCUGGUACUCGCAUCCCCGCAAAUACGGCCAAGGCUCCCGAAGCUGCCGUGCCUGCUCUAACCGCCACGGUCUGAUCCGCAAGUAUGGCCUGAACAUCUGCCGUCAGUGCUUCAGGGAGUACGCCAACGACAUUGGCUUCAAGAAGCUGGACUAAAUGUCCUCUUCGCCAUUUGGAACGCGUGACUCGCGUCUCAAAACAACAAUCGGCACAUUAAUAUAAGCAUUCGCCGCAACUUGGGGACUCCUUAUAUUAAUAUGCCGGCAGCAGCAACAGCAACACAACAUAAUCAUUUGGGGAUUUAAGCAAGGACAAAGCACACAUGGAACCAAUUCCAAAGUAAUCUCUAAGCAAGUAACCAGAAUGGCCACCACCACAGAAUUCCAACAGUUACCACCUUCCGCGAAGGAUCUUUGUUAAACCAAUAGUUUGUUUAAAUCUCCGUCUGAUUAAACCCAUAACAAGAAACGUA